AUGUCCAUGUUGGCGUGUUUUACAUCAUUAUCAAAUUUAAUCACGGUUGCGCCAUCAGAAUUGCAGGCACAAUAUUAUGCCGCCGUCGAGAGUUGUGAGGUUGCUGAACAGGCUGAGGCAGCUGCUAAGAAGGAAUGGCAUGAGAAAUCUGCUUUAUUAUUGAAAGCAGAGGUGAACACCAAAAAGCGUUAUCUGGGUCAUGCAGAGUGCUGGAAGGCACAAGUCGCUCUUCUUGAAAAGAUUGAACAAAGAUAUGCUGCCGAGUAUGAGGGAUGUUUGUGCUACAGAGAUUGCAUGAAACACAAGCACGGGGCUGACUCCAAGAAGGCGCAAAUAGCCCAGCAUCGCGCAGAGUUGGCUCGCACAAUGGAGUUUGUUUGUACUGAAGGUUCUCCAUAUUGGACAAAAUGGAACAAGUUGAGUACCAAAGCUUCUUGGGUGUUGGAUCAGCUCAAAGCAGAAGGUUAUGACAACAUUGCAGAUGAGCUUUUUAGGACAAAGAAAGCGUUUUGUGAUCGUAUAGAAAAAGAAUCCAAUAGUGAAGCCUUUCGCAAUGCUCGGAAUGCAGCCGGGGAGGCGUUGGAUAAAUGGGAGCAGGAAAAUGAUCGUGCAGCCUGGAAUAAGGCAAAGCGAACGUAUGACGCUGAACUAGCCAAGUGGAAUGAAUUCAUACCCAAAGGAGAACAAUACGCGAAAGAAUUGGAGGAAACAAUUAACUCUUGCAUCAAGAGUUUUGCCCCGAUAUCGGAAUUGUUAUCUCAUCACAUUGGUAAAAGUGUUGUUGAGUUGCAGGAAGAAGCCAAACAAGAUCCGCACGCUGCUAAAGAUUUAGAAUUACUAAAGAAGUAUGAUGCUGCAGCCAAGAUUUACCAAGUCACCAACAAGGCUGAGGCAGCUGCUAAGAAGGAAAGGGAUGAGAAACGAACCUUAGCAGAAGGAACACAGAAAGGCACCAAAGAGGAUUAUCUCGCUUGGGCAGAAAAACAAAAGGCAGAAAUAACUUUUCUUGAAAAGAAAGAACAAAGGUGUGGUGCCGAAUAUGCGGUGUAUGGGCGCUACGCCGACUUUAUGAAACAUGAACACGGAGCCGCCUCCAAGAAGGCGCAAAAAGCUCAGUAUCGCGCAGAGUUGUCUCGCACAAGAGAGUUUGUUUGUACUGAAAGUUCUCCAUAUUGGAUAAAAUGGUACAAGUUGAGUACCAAAGCUUCUUGGGUGUAUCAUCAGCUCAAAGCAGAAGGUUCUGACAACUGUGCAGAUGAGCUCAAAAGGCACGUGGAAGCGUUUUGGAAUCGUAUAAAAGAAUUUAAUGGUGAAGCUUUUUGUACUGCUCGGAACUUAGCCGUGGAGGCGUUGAAUAAAUGGGAGCAAGAAAAUGAUUAUACAGGCUGGAAUGAGGCAAAACGAACAUAUGACGCUGCACUAGCCAAGUGGAAUAAUUUCAAACCCAAGGGAGAAUUAUACGCGAAAGAGUUGGAGGAACAAAUAUGUAAAUGUGUGCAAAACUAUUCAACAGUGCACGCUAUUGUACAUGAUUAUGAGAUUAGUGCGUUGAAGGAUGAAUUAGAACAAAAGGAUCAACAGAUCGGUGCAUUGAUGGAUCAACUAGGCUGGAAGGGUCAGAAAAUCGAUGAUUUGGAAGAUAAGUUGGGCCAAAGGGAUCACGAAAUUGCUUUAUUGAAGGAUGAACUCGGUAGGAACAGUCACCAAACUGAUGGUUUAGAGAAUGAACUAGGCCGGAAGGGUCAAGAGAUCGCCGCGCUGAGUGAUGAAUUAGACCAACAGAGUCGAGAAAAUGAUAUAUUGUAUGGAAGAAUAGGUGAACUAGAGAGGACAGUUGGGGAAAUGCGCACAUGGAUCCAGUCGCUAAUCCACAUGAACCAAUCAUCGAUCAGUUGGCAAUAUAAACAGCUUGAAGAAUUGGAAGCUCUUGCACGUACCACACUAGAGCAAGAGUGGCAACAUUGGUCGGAAAAGACGAUGUACUCGCAUGCACAUUUGGUAAAUUGGAUCCAGGAAAGAAUUGCUGAGAUGACCGCAUUGGAAGAAGAGGAAGCUACCACUCGUAAUAAGUAUAAGCAUGAAUUUUAUGAUUCGAUCAAAGAAAUUGAGAGAGUUCGCUUUGCGCUUGGGGUGGUGUUGAGUGGGUGGAUACUUGAAUAG